AYAUUGUUGACAGUUGUUUUGCUCGUUUUAUCUGCAUUCUGCAGAAACGUGAAGUUAUUGUUACUUUUAUUAAUUUAUUAUUUUUUCGUUUUGAUUUGAUUUAUUUUUUUCUGAAUUUGUGUAUUCGAUUAUUUUAUAUUAUUCAUAAUGGAAGUAGAUUCUGAUUCUUCGUCAUCUUCUUCUUCAGAUUCUAAYGAAGAAGAGCUCGAAAAGUAUAAACAAGAUGAAUUGAAAAAAAAAAUCGAUGUUUUAGAGAAUAAGAUUUUAAAUAAUCCAUCAGAUUAUGAUGCUCAUGUUGAACUGAUAGAUGUGCUUCGCUGUGCAGAUGAYUUGGAUCAACUGCGAGUUGCUAGACAACGUUUAAAUGACAAAUAUCCAUUAAGCGCAAAUUUAUGGUUAGACUGGAUAAAAGAUGAAAUUGCUAUAGCAACUACCGAUGAAGAAAAAGAUAAUAUAAUUAAAUUAUUUGAAAAAGCAGUUAAAGAUUAUUUAAGUAUUGAUUUAUGGUUAGAAUAUGUACAAUUUAGCAUUGGGUGCAUGUCUGAUACUGCUGGAACAGACAUCAUACGAGAAUUAAUGGAACGUGCAUUAACAGCUGGCGGUCUUCAUGUACCUAAUGGCAAUGUUCUAUUUGAAGUGUACAAUGAAUUUGAAAAAUUAAUUUUAAUGUCUUUAAAGCAAGGUACUGAUGAAAAAGCUAUAAAUGAUCAAAAACGUCGUAUAAAUAAUUUGUAUCGUCGACAGCUUUCUGUGCCUUUAUUUGAUAUGGAAAAUACUUAUGAGGAAUAUCAAGAAUGGUUGAUUUCUGAAAAUCUUGAAAAAGAUAAAUCAACUGUGGAUGCCUACAAUAAAGCUCUAAGUAAAUUACAACAAAUUCAAGUUUUUGAAGAUCGUUUAUUAUCAAAAGAAGCUAAAGAUCGACUAGAUUCUUAUGAAGAAUAUAUAUGUUGGGAAAAAAAUCCUAAAGAAGGUGGUAAUAAGCCAAGUCGGAUUAUAUGCUUGUAUGAACGUGCUAUUGCUGAUAUACCCUUGACACAAACCCUUUGGGCUGACUAUAUUGAUUACAUUGCCUUAACAAUAAAAGAAGCUGAUUUUAUAUUAGCUACCUGUAAGAGGUCAGUYGAUAACUGCACAUGGUCAUCAGAUCUUUGGACUACUUAUUUGAUUCAAGCUGAAGCUAAUAACCAAUCUCAUGAAGAAAUUACAGCAAUUAUGGAAAAGGCAUUAUCUUCGUGGUUCAGUUCCCCAGCAGAAUAUCGUUCCUUGUAUCUUUCAUACAUUUUUUAUUUGAGACGACGKUUAAGUAAUACAGAUGCUGAAACAAAACUUAAGAGAAUCAAAGAUGUAAGAUCAAUGUUAGAACAAGGACAAAAAUUUCUUCUGGAAAGUUAUGGUUAUUCUGGAGAUCCAAACUGUGAAUUGCUUUUAUGGUGGACUGAUUUUGAGGCCAUUAUAACUGGUGAUAUGGAACGUGUAAGAAACAUGUGGAAUGAAAUUUUAAAUGCUGGUCUUAAUCAAUAUUCUUCAUAUUGGAUGAAAUAUAUUAAUACUGAAAUAAUGAAACAAGUACAAGAAUCACUUGAAAAAGAUCCAAAAACUGAAAAUAAGUUUGGAACUAAAGAGAAAGAGGCAAAAAAAAGAAAAUGGGAUGAAAGAGAACCAACUAAAACUCAUAAUGAAAAAUCAAAUGGAAACUUUAAAGUACCUUAUGCUAAAAAUGACAAUAAACAAGAAUUUGAAUCUUCUCCUGUCAAAAAAYUUAAAACAACUGAAAUAAACCUGGACAAAGGAGGUCGACAUAUGGAAAUUGAAGGUAAAGAAAAUCGUUCUGUAUUUGUAAGCAACUUGGAUUUUGCUGUGACUGAAUUGGAAGUGAAAGAUGCAUUGUCUUCAGUUGGUCAUUGUGAAGUGUUAUUAGUAAGAGAUUUCAAAGGCCGAUCUAAAGGAUUUGGUUAUGUGCUUUUUGAAAAACCUGAAAUGGUUGCAGAAGCAUUGAAAAAAGAUCGYGAACCUGUAAAUAAUCGCCCAAUGUUUGUAUCUAAAUGUCAACCUGAUAAACAAAGUAGAUCGUCGGGAUUACGAUUUCCUACUGAACUAGAAAAAAACAAAUUGUUUGUUAAAGGUUUGCCAUUCACUUGUACAAAAACUGAUAUUGAAAAUAUUUUUAAACCAUAUGGAGCUUUAAAAGAUGUUCGAGUCGUGACAUUUAGAAAUGGUCAUUCAAAAGGAUUAGCUUAUGUAGAUUUUGAGGAUGAGAUAUCAGCUGCUCAAGCAUUGUUAAAAACAGACAACAUGGUCGUCAAAGAUAGAACUAUAUCAGUAGCAUUAAGUCGGCCACCAGAACGAAAAGAUCCUUCAGAAAUAAAAUCUUAUCCUCCUGUUGCUAAAUUUAAAUCACAGGCUUCAAGUCUAGUAGUAGGACGUCGUGCAAAACUAUCUUUUACUCCUAGUGUAUUGCAAAAAAAGUCUGUGCCAACUGCAUCAUCGUCUGCUGAUGAUAAAACUCCACUAAAUAAUGAUGACUUCAGAAAAAUGUUACUUGGUAGCAAGUAAAAUCUGAAUGUUAUUUUAAUUUUAAAAUAGAAAAAUAAUACUUUAUUUUAUUUUAUGUUAUCUUUGUAAAAAUAUUUCAU